AUGGUACAAUUGAACGGCGCUGAGCGGUCCUUCGAAUUUGGCGCUGGGACUAAUGUACCAUUGAGGUACGAGCUGCCCGAGCCAGCAAAGCAGCGGCAGCCUGCAGUGGCAGCGACGCAUGCCACCGAAGCGGCGAUGCUAAUCGGGCGGUACCUCAAGGCGAUGCCCUCUCCCCUCACGCAACACCUGGCGCACCAUCGGGGCAGCAGGCGCGCCUUUUCCCCCGCUCUGCUCCGCCAAAGCUCAGGUCAUAAAGGUGGCAUCGCAGCAAAUGGCAAUCGUAUGACGUGCGACGACAGUGUAAUCUCCCUGGGACUUCACACGGAAAAUCACGCCGACGGCAACGCCCCAUUGGGAAGAAGGGAGACGGAAGACGGAUUUGAAGUCACAUUCCAGUCCAAUUACUUGGGUCAUUUCUUGCUGACCAAUCUCCUUCUCGGUCUCCUUAAGAAGAGCUCGCCCUGCCGUAUCAUCAACGUAGGCUCCAUUGCUCAUUGGGGGGGAACGUUUGAUGCUGAUGUCGACUUCAAAAAGUACAGUCAAAACCACGUAUACACCAGCACCAAGCUGUACAUGACGCUGUUCACAAUGGAACUGGCACGAAGACUCGCUGGAACUGGUGUGACGGCGAACUGCUUGCAUCCAGGAUUUGUUAAGUCGGAUUUUGCGGACCAAGCUACCGACUUCUACGCAAGGACAGUUGGCUUCUUCAUUAAUUUGUUUGGCAAGAGUGUCAGUGACGGCGCGCAGACAUCUGUGCAUCUGGCCGUAUCGGAGGACGUGGAAGGAGUCAGCGGCAAAAUGUUCUCCGACUGCAAGCCGUCUUUUGCGCCUGGAAAACCGCAAGAUGCCGAAGCCUUAUGGGAUAUCUCGCAGAGAAUGGUGGGCCUCAGCUGAACGCCAGCUAAUUCGGAUGUGAAGUACUUGAACAAAGAUAUUAUGCAGCCAUUGCAGGCAAACACGCAUGUAUGGUUUUUUCCGGGGCCAUAAAGCAACUGUGGCAGAUAA